UACUGUAUUACAGUUAUUACUACCUAUAUUCCAGGGUGCUUGGAAACAUUGAGUUAGUAAUCUGUAGUUAGCCUGUAAAGAGAUGUAAGUCCAGCUUUUGCAUUAGGUAGCCUUUUCCCUUUUCUCAUAAUUUCUGUGCCCCUUUUUGGUAACUUAAAUGUCCAGUGUAAUUAAUGUAUUUGUUUCACAAUGAUUGUGCUGGUGGAGACAUUGUUUGAAAGUUGAGAAGGAAAAGGAGAAAACAAAAGGAUUAAUGCAUGAAUGUAUUUUAACUAUAAAAAAUACAUGUGCUUUAAAGCUUCUUCCAAAAUAAGUCUGAAUAAUAAGGUCGUAUUUUUGGCCAUGAUUAUUUACUUGUUAUACAGGCUGUGUUAUAAUUUAGAGGAAAAAAAGUUUUGUAAAGAGAAGCCUCAAAUUUUCUAUUGCCUGGAUGUGGGCCAGGUCACAUGGAUUGGGUGUGGGAAGUUUCAGUGUUGCAGAACAGACCAGGAAGCUCACUGAGAAUUAUCCUGAGCUGUGUUAACAAACUGACAAAAUAGAACACGGAAUUUUUACUCAAAAUGGAUUGGUUAAACGUCUUUAAAGAUUUUUUCAGCAUUGGAAAAGUGAAAAGAAAACCUAGUGUGCCAGAUUCUGCAUCUCCUGCUGAUGAUAGUUUUGUUGACCCAGGGGAACGUCUCUAUGACCUCAACAUGCCCGCUUAUGUGAAAUUUAACUACAUGGCUGAGAGAGAGGAUGAAUUGUCAUUGAUAAAGGGGACAAAGGUGAUCGUCAUGGAGAAAUGCAGUGAUGGGUGGUGGCGUGGUAGCUACAAUGGACAAGUUGGAUGGUUCCCUUCAAACUAUGUAACUGAAGAAGGUGACAGUCCUUUGGGUGACCAUGUGGGUUCUCUGUCAGAGAAAUUAGCAGCAGUCGUCAAUAACCUAAAUACCGGGCAAGUGUUGCAUGUGGUACAGGCUCUUUACCCAUUCAGCUCAUCUAACGAUGAAGAACUUAAUUUCGAGAAAGGAGAUGUAAUGGAUGUUAUUGAAAAACCUGAAAAUGACCCAGAAUGGUGGAAAUGCAGGAAGAUCAAUGGUAUGGUUGGUCUAGUACCAAAAAACUAUGUUACCGUUAUGCAGAAUAAUCCAUUAACCUCAGGUUUGGAGCCAUCACCUCCACAGUGUGAUUACAUUAGGCCUUCACUCACGGGAAAGUUUGCUGGCAAUCCUUGGUAUUAUGGCAAAGUCACCAGGCAUCAAGCAGAAAUGGCAUUAAACGAAAGAGGACACGAAGGGGAUUUCCUCAUUCGAGAUAGUGAAUCUUCGCCAAAUGAUUUCUCAGUAUCACUAAAAGCACAAGGGAAAAACAAGCAUUUUAAAGUCCAACUAAAAGAGACUGUCUACUGCAUUGGGCAGCGUAAAUUCAGCACCAUGGAAGAACUUGUAGAACAUUACAAAAAGGCACCAAUUUUUACAAGUGAACAAGGAGAAAAAUUAUAUCUUGUCAAGCAUUUAUCAUGAUACUGCUGACCAGAAGUGACUGCUGCAUAGCUGUAAUUUGUCAUGUAAUUGAAGACUGAGAAAAUGUUGGGUCCAUCGUGCUUGAUUGGAAAUGGCUGUUUCUAAACCUUUAUGAGAAUUGACAAUAAGUAUUUUUAUUAUAAUUCAGCCCAUACAUAUAUACUAUGUAUGCAGUGCAUCUGCAUAGAACAGUUCCUUAUCCUUGGCCUUCUGUUUUAUUGUUUUUUUUCUUUGCUGUUUUCCCUUUGCUUCUAAUAUUACAGUUUUGUAUUUUGAAAAAAAAAAAUCAAAUAAUGCUUAUCAGAAUCUUUAUAUGGAAGAAAUCCUUUAUUGCCUAUCCUUUGUUUCCUUGUAAAGGCGCCCUGUUCUGUUAUGGUUUUUCAUUAUAUAAAAUUAUUAUAUCUAUAUAUGACAUAUGCUAAAAUAAAUUUCUUGGAGAGUGUUAAUCUUUUCUGUGACUAAAUAGCAAUAAUAAAUGAAAAAUUAGAAAUUAUUUCCAGGUAUUAUAUUUGUCACAGGCCAUUGUAAAUACCAAGUAUAUUGUGUCUGCCUUAAUUUUAAAAAAUGCAUUCAUUGUCUUCAGUCGUACAGAAAGACACAUGAGACAUAGAUUAGAAAACAUGUUGUACAAUUUUAAUUUACAACUGUUGGAAACAAAAAUCACUUUCUUAAUUUUUUUUCCAGUGUUUCUCCCUUAUCUGGUUAUUCAAGAAAGCCAAAUUGUCUCUGAGAUAUUUAGCUUUUCAAACUAUAAAUAGAUGCUCUAGUGUUAUUUAUUUUUUUUAAUCCCACUUAUUUUACCAGGGCAUCUUGUAUUAGGAUAUGUUAUAUUUAUGCCAGUGGGAAACAAGUUAUGGCCAAGUUUUGCAAAAAUAGGAAGCAGUGAGAUACUUGGUUUUUUCUCCUCACUAAAUAUCAGUAAUUAUCAGGAAUGGUAUUACCUAUUUUCAUUUCCUCUUUUCAGCUUUAAAUUUUGUUGAUUGGGACGCUAAAACUGAUGUAUACCUGAGGAAAAAAUAGAAUGUGCUCAUGGUUAGGGAAAAUUAUAUUAUUUUUAAUUUUUUCUUUUUUUUUUUUUAGCCAAGUAGGAAUUUGGGUGUAUGGAUGAGAGGUUAAUCUACUUCUGUAGGCUAUAGAAGAAAACCAGUUGUAUUUUAUGGUCAUAAUUUGUCCCCCUGUUAUUGUGGAAAUUUAAAUUUAGGUAAAGUAGCCGUCAAUAUUUUAAUUGAAAAAUACUAAAGCCACAUAACUGAGUGGGAUGUCAUAUGAUACUUUCAUCAAAUUCCCUAAUGCUGCCUAAGCAUAUGGAUGUUUUAAUUCUUUGCUAUGUUAUAAACAGAUAUCUAAUACACCAGAAUUAUUGAUGGUAAAAUGGAAGUUGUGUAACUUGUGAAUUUUUUUAUCAAUGUUUUAAAUAUUUUAUUAUUUAAAUCUUAAAAUCAUUUAAAGACUUACGUUGCCACUGGGUGGCAGCCAUGGCUUCUCCCACUAAGCAGCAGAAGUGACCAAAUAUAAUAAGACAAAUUUUCAUCUCUAUUACAUCUGCUUUUAAAACAUUUUAGUUCAUAUUCUAUUAUUUUUCUAACUCAGUGCUCCUUUGUUAAAGGUAAUUAUUAAUAGUUAAGUUUUUAAUGGAAGUAAAACUCAUGUAUGCUUAUCUUCUUUGCUGUAAAAUCACAUGAAUAUAAAUUGAGGAAAACUGUUUAAAUGGUUGUAGGAUGACUAGUAGUAAACAUCGUCUUAAUUUUUAACAUA